AUGAGGCUUCUGGUGAAACCCACUAACGCCACACAGCAUCUCGACUCAACGGGCGAAGUGUGCCAUGAUGGGGAUCACGACCGCUGCAACUCUCGGGGUCCAUCACCUCCCUCAAAGACCCCUGACGUCAUCCAUUAUCAACAAUCUGGAUUCUCCAGUGACCCCUUGACCUCCCAACAGGGCCAGGGUCUGUGUUGUGUUUCAUCCUCCCAACAGGGAACAUCCAACAGGAAUACUCACCCUCGAAAAUCCUCUCAGCUGUCGCCUUUGAAGACCUGUGGUAUGACUUUAUGGCAACUCAGCGACCAAGACUUGCUCCUGUCUUGUAGCCAGGUUGGUGAGGAUACAUCAGCAGCAGUGGCAGCACAGAGGCUUGGGACCGGCACAGGACACUCAAAGCAUGUGGACAAACAUGGCUGUACCUCCCUCGAAAACUCAAAAGUAACAAACUUUCAGCCUCGCUCAAAACAGGCUACACUCCAAGAAUGCCUCUCCAGUGUCUCUAAGAAGAAACACUUUACCUCUUCAGCACACACGCAGCCAUUCAUUCAGACCUCGCAAGUUUCAGCAACAUGUCACACUUUAUCACAGCAAACAAACCAAGAGGAUCAUCUGAAGUCUGCGACUUGCCACCUGCAGGAUAGUUUUCUGUCUCGGUGCAUUGAAGAGGACAGUCAGAAAGAGCUGUUCCAGCAUCAGUCUUGCAAUCAUUUCAAGCUUGAGGAAAGCAGCCUGCCAAGCCCUGGGAAUCUAUUCAACAUACCUCUUAACUGUGUUGAGCGUGCUGAGGCCAAUCACAGUUUGUCGCUGUCAAAACUUGAGGAACAACUGCAGCUUCCCGUCCAGGCAGUACAUCAAUGGAAAGAGCCGCGGUUAGUUCAGCGGCAUCUGCAGCGGCACUCUCCAUGGCUGCCAAGUUGGGAUCAAACCCGCAAGUCGCUGGGAGAGCCCUCGGUUGUCCACAAGUGUCGCCACUGUUUUGAGCAACCUUUCACUGGCAGCCCACAAGUGAAGAAGUUAUCCACGUCAGCUGGUGACAAACGUGUCCAGUCCUGUUCUGUCUGUCAUUACAGCUCACUUGAGAGCCAUCACCCAGAGGAGAAGAGAGCCAGACAAGGGGAGAAUCAGGUACAUGGUUCAUAUAUUUUGAUUUAUAUACUUAACAGGUUAGGGUUUAAAUUCCUUGCUAUUGAACCUGAACCUACAAGGUCGUCCCCACCAUCCGAGACCAUCAAAACCAUUGACACACUUAAUGGGGAUGCACUGAGACCACUGACAAGCCACAGCUCUUUAACACACAGUUCUGAAGACGGCAACCAAAACCAAAACCGACGGCCUCUUCAGCUGCUCCACAGUGCAGUCCUUGAGGACGCCUUUGCCAAAGCCAUCAGAGGAGACUCCAGUAAGGCCAACAGUGACAACUUGACUGGGGAGGAAGCCGGCGCGCCACAGAAAAAGACCAAGGACAUCAGCCACAGGCUCGGCCAGAGGAGAGCUCUCUUUGGAAAGCGUAAACAGCUGAGCGACUACGCUUUGGUCUGUGGGAUGUUUGGUAUCAUUGUCAUGGUGGUUGAGACAGAGUUGUCCAGGGGAUUUUAUUCCAAGGAAUCCCUAUAUUCAUUCAUAUUGAAAGGCCUAAUCAGCUUUUCUACCGCUAUUCUUCUGGGGCUCAUUGUGAUUUACCAUGCCAGGGAAAUUCAGCUCUUCUUGGUGGACAAUGGUGCAGAUGACUGGAGGAUAGCCAUGACCUAUGAGCGGAUUCUCUUUGUGGUGCUGGAGCUUCUUGUCUGCGCCGUCCAUCCGAUCCCGGGCAAGUACGUGUUCACCUGGACCACCAGAUUGGCCUACAGUUACAAGACGUCAGUGAAGGAGGUGGACAUCGACAUCAUCCUGUCCAUACCCAUGUUCCUUCGUCUCUACCUGAUAGGCCGGGUCAUGCUGCUCCACAGCAAGCUCUUCACGGAUGCCUCCUCCCGCAGCAUCGGGGCCCUCAACAAAAUCAACUUUGACACACGCUUCAUCAUGAAGACCCUGAUGACAAUCUGCCCUGGCACUGUCCUGCUGGUCUUCAGUGUGUCCUGUUGGAUCAUUGCUGCAUGGACCGUGCGUGUCUGUGAGAGGUAUCAUGAUGCACAGGAGAUGACCAGUACCUUCCUUGGGGCAAUGUGGCUAAUUUCCAUAACCUUCCUGUCUAUUGGCUAUGGAGACACAGUCCCUCACACGUACUGCGGAAAGGGUGUUUGUCUGUUGACUGGAAUCAUGGGGGCUGGCUGCACGGCUUUAGUGGUUGCUGUAGUUGCACGGAAGUCGGAGCUAACCAGAGCUGAGAAGCAUGUUCACAACUUCAUGAUGGACACUCAACUAUAUAAGAAGGUGAAAAACACAGCAGCCAAUGUUUUGAGGGAGACAUGGCUCAUCUACAAAAACACCAAGCUGGUCAAGAGGAUUGAUCAUGCCAGAGUUCGCAACCAUCAGCGCAAAUUUCUGCAGGCAAUCCACGAACUACGGCGAGUCAAAAUGGAGCAAAGGAAAUUAACCGACCAGGCAAACACAGUUGUUGACCUAGCAAAGACCCAGAGUAUGAUGUACGAUCUGGUGUCAGAGCUUCAGCGUCGAAGUGAAGAACUGGACAGGAGGAUCGUCACUUUGGAAGAGAGACUGGACUCUGUUCUUCUGAGUGUGCAGUCGCUGCCCGUCAUGCUUACUCAGGCCAUAAAAAAACAACAACAGGACUUCCUGGACGACUUGGCCUACCGUGUCCAUUUCCUGACUUCCUCCUUGGGCUCGGAGUGCUGUAAAGUCCCUGCAGGGCAGCUUUGUUCAGCCUCCACUGCACCAGAGGACUCAUAUGGCCCCUAG